AUGGGAUCGUGUUCCAGAGCCUCUACCUCGACCCUUUUCAACAUAACAGAAAACGUUCUACAAGCGACUCAUUCCGUGUCCCCCGUAUUUCCCCCACUGCAAGCCGCUUCUGCACUUGUAAUCUAUAUUCAAGAUAGUCUCCACCUAUUUAGGAGCAACAAAGAGCAAAUUAGAUCCCUUGCAGAGUAUUGCACUCGACUGUCGCAAGAGCUAUCAUCGACCAUCGAUGGUAGCAAAACCACGAAAUAUGUCGAAGUCAUUAAAAAUAUUCAGCAAUAUCUCGAGUCUGUAGCCCGCAAACCCUCAGUUGUGCGAUACCUCGAGCGCAAAACUGUCGCGGCCAAUCUCCAGUCAUUUCGUGAUGAAUUGUGGCAGGAGUUCCUGGUAUUCAGCAUGUCUGCAACAAUCGACCUCCAGUCCCACCAACAAGCGUUCGAAGUAGCACGCAAACAAGAUGAGCGAGAUACGCAGGAGCUGAUAAAAAAGCUGGCAGAGGACGUUCAUAACACAGCAGCGGGCACAAAACAGCUUGCUUCGGCUUUAAGUUUGCCUUCUCGUCAAGGACCAGACAAACAACGGCAGAUUCUUCAAGAACUGCAGGUCCGUGUAUUAGACUCUAAUCGGCCAGAAGCAGAGGCUGUUGUCCUGAGGGAAAGCAUCCGUCUCGCCCAAAUAUGCGUGGCGCCAAACUAUCGGUGGUACUCCAACACCUUCAACGAGGAACAUGCGCUGUCCGAAAUCAAAGACGCGUUGUCGCUGUGCGUGGACGACAUUGCGCGGGACCUUUCGGAGUCUGGCCUUCUCCCCCGCAUGACGACAAUCGAUAUAAGGCAUGCCCGCAACGAGUUCGAGAAGGUAACGCAUCUCUUUCGCGCCUUGGACAGUCGCGCGGGGGAUGUUGUUCUCAUUCGUGCCUUCCAACUCGCGUUGGUGAGUCCUCGGACGGAUGGAAGAAUGGAUUCGUUCGUAAAGCCAGGGCUGCUGGCUCAAAUAUUCGUCUAA